AAAACGGUGGGUUUCUCCUUCCUGGGAGUGCUCACCGCAGCGGGUCCCUGUGUCCCCCAGGGCUCCGAGCUGUUCCUCGGGGGCAGCGAGGUGAAGAGCCGGGCCGUGGUGAAGUACUCCUCCGCCCCCCCUCGGGCAGCCUUCGCGCGCCUGGAAGAGAAGACAGACCUGAAACUGCCCCCUGCCAACUGGCUACGGGAGAGCGCCAAGCUGGGGCCCGCGGGCACCACCAUCCUGGGCACCAGUAAGAAGAGCAAGCCGUUUUCCAGCUUUGGGAUGGCGUACGACUUUAUUGACUCCGUGGGCAACGAUGUGGACGUUGUCUCUGACUCUGAGAACAUAAAAAAGCUCCUGAAGAUCCCCUACAGCAAGUCCCACGUGAGCAUGGCCGUGCACCGCGUCGGGAGGACCCUCCUGCUGGACGAGCUGGACAUCCAGGAGCUCUUCAUGAGGUCUUCCCAGACUGGUGAUUGGACGUGGCUGAAAGAGUUUUAUCAGAGACUUAUUGAUCAGAAGUGGCAGAGGAAGAAAAAGAGCAAAGAGCAUUGGUAUCAAAAGGCUAUUCUUUCCAAGUUUUUAUAUUACAGUAUCAAUGGCGAUGGAGCCGCGCAGCCCGUCCCAUCUGCUGCAGAGCAGCGGGAGUCAUCCAGUUCAGACCAGACAGGUGACUCGGACGGGGCGUCGUGGCCCGCCCCUUUCGAAAUGCCUUCCCCAGUUUCCGAAGAUCCCAGUGCUUCCAGUCAGGGAAGUGAGCCUCUCGAACCCUCAUACAUAGUGGGGCAUCUGGCCUCAGCCCCCAAAGAACAAAACCUGACUACUUUAUUCAAUGACGGGGAGAACAGUCAGGGUCUUAAGAAUGAUUUUGUUCGGAAUAUUCUGUGGACGUUUGAAGAUAUACAUAUGUUGGUUGGCUCCAACAUGCCUAUAUUUGGAGGAGGCAGAUACCCAGCAGUCAGCUUACGUCUCAGGGAUAACAACAAACCAAUCAAUGUGCUCACUGGAAUUGACUAUUGGCUGGACAACUUGAUAUGUAAUGUACCAGAGCUUGUGAUGUGUUUCCAUGUAAACGGGAUUGUACAGAAGUAUGAAAUGAUAAAGACAGAAGAGAUUCCCAAUUUGGAAAACUCUAAUUUUUCUACUAAAGUCAUAAAAGACAUUGCCCAGAAUAUUUUAUCCUUUCUGAAAUCUAAUUGCACCAAAGAAGGACAUACCUAUUGGCUCUUUAAAGCGAGUGGCAGUGACAUAGUGAAGCUCUAUGAUCUCACGACUCUUUGUGAAGAAACUGAAGACAAAUACCAAAACCCGUUCACAAUGCCGGUGGCUAUUCUCUUAUACAAGGUUGCCUGCAACAUGAUGAUGAAGAAGAACCAAAAUAAGAAACACUACGGAACUAUCAGAACGCUGCUUCUCAACUGUGUUAAAUUGUUGGACAAAAGCAGACACCCUCAAAUUAUUGCUUCAGCCAAUUACAUGCUUUCAGAACUCUUUCAAUUGGAUGAACCUAAAAAAGAAGAAAGUUCAGAGUCUCCCUUAAAUGAGAAUUCUGAUGAAAGUUACAGUGAGGAGGAGGAGGAGAUGCCAGACAGCGAUGAAAAUGGGUCCUAUUGCACCAGCUCGGACCCUCCCGACGACAACAAAGCAGUGGCCAUCAUCAAGUCUGUUGGAGAACUGUCAGUUCCAGAGAAGUACAAAUCCAUCCAUCAGAUCAGACCCAGUUGUGCGUUUCCAGUUUGCCAUGACACCGAAGAACGCUGCAGACUUGUGCUUAGCUAUGUUCUGGAGGGUUUAAAAUCUGUGGACAGCAGCAUUAAGAAAGAAAGCGACCUCCCUGCAGCUGACCCCAGCACCCCAAUCCCGUUGAAAUAUGAAGAUGAAUCCGCAAGGGGGGGUCCUGAGGGUCUGGAGAAGCAGAUGGCCUUGUUUUUGGACAAAAUGGGCUCCCUGCAGAAGGGCAAUUGCUCCAGCCAGUCCGGAAUGACCCCUGGCUCCUGGCAACAUAAAAUGAAGCUCCAGCUGAUCCUCAAGUCAUCAAAAGCCUAUUACGUGUUGUCUGACGCUGCCAUGAGUCUGCAGAAAUAUGGACGCGCGCUCCGAUACAUCAAAUUAGCUCUGCAGAGCCACGACACUUACUGCUGCCUCUGCACCAACAUGCUCUCCGAAGUGCUGCUGUUCCUCUCCCAGUACCUGACGCUCUGCGGCGACAUCCAGCUGAUGCUGGCGCAGAACGCCAACAACCGGGCGGCUCACCUGGAGGAGUUUAACUACCAGACGAAGGAGGACCAGGAGAUACUGCACAGCCUCCACCGGGAGUCCAGUUGUCAAGGAUUUGCGUGGGCGACUGAUUUGUCUACAGACUUAGAAAGUCAACUUUCUGUUAGUUGUAAAUGUUAUGAGGCUGCCAAUGAAAUCCUGCAGUUUAGUGACUUAAAAAGCCAAAAUCCAGAACACUACGUACAAGUGCUGAAGAGAAUGGGCAACAUUAGGAAUGAAAUCGGGGUGUUUUAUAUGAACCAGGCUGCUGCGUUACAGAGUGAGCGAGUGGUGAGCAAAAGUGUGUCGACUGCAGAGCAACAAUUGUGGAAAAAGAGCUUUUCUUGCUUUGAGAAAGGAAUUCACAACUUCGAGUCAAUUGAUGAUGCUACAAAUGCUGCCCUCUUGUUAUGUAACACGGGGAGGCUCAUGCGGAUUUGUGCACAGGCGCACUGUGGCGCAGGGGACGAAUUUAAACGUGAAUUUUCACCAGAGGAAGGCUUGUAUUAUAACAAGGCCGUGGACUACUACCUGAAAGCGCUGAGGUCCCUGGGAACACGAGACAGACACCCUGCCGUCUGGGACUCGGUGAACUGGGAGCUGUCCACCACCUACUUCACCAUGGCCACGCUGCAGCAGGACUACGCGCCGCUGUCCAGGAAAGCGCAGGAGCAGAUUGAAAAAGAGGUCAGUGAAGCUAUGAUGAAGUCCCUGAAAUACUGCGACGUGGACUCGGCGUCUGCCCGCCAGCCCCUCUGUCAGUAUCGAGCUGCCACCAUCCACCACAGGCUGGCGUCCAUGUACCACAGCUGCCUGCGGAAUCAGGUCGGGGACGAGUACCUCCGGAAGCAGCACCGCGUGCUGGCCGACCUGCACUACGGCCAAGCGGGGAGGCUCUUCCAGCUGCUCAAGGACACGCCCUGCGAGCUGCUGCGGGUGCAGCUGGAGCGGGUGGCCUUCGCCGAGUUCCAGAUGAGCAGUCAGAAUAGCAACGUCGGGAAAUUGAAAACACUCUCUGGGGCUCUCGACAUCAUGGUGAGAACUAAGCACGCGUUCCAGCUCAUCAGGAAGGAGCUCGUGGAGGAGCUGGGCCAGCCCAAGAGUGAGGAGCCGACGCCCGUGGCCGACUCGGCUCCUGGUCUGAACAGAGAGGAGGUGCUCAAGCUGCUCGGCAUCUUCGAGUCCCGGCUGGCGUUCCUGCUGCUCCAGUCCAUCAGGCUGCUGUCUCCCGCCAAGAAGAAGACAAGCAAUAACAUGGAAGAAGAUGUGGCCCUCAAAACCAACAAGCACAUUUACUCCCAGCUUCUGAGAGCUACCGCCAACAAAAACACCAGCCUCCCGGAAAGGAUCGACGUCCUCGUCCACCUGCUGGACCAGCUCGCGCGCGGCAGCGCCGUGCAGUGACUCGCCAGGGCCACACCCCAGGCGCCUCGUCCGUGCCUUCUGCACUCGGGCCGGUUUGUCCACUCGGUGCUUCGUUAUUAAACGCGUGGGAGGUACCCGCUCCAGUGGGCACCGCGCGGCAGCACAGCGUCCUCAUUCCCCACAGACGGGCCGGCGAGCUCCGCUUCCGCGUGGGAAGUGCCGGAAUCAGAGUGAGACGCAGCUCCGCGCUGCUCUCAGAAGCUGAG